AUGUGCAAUAUUCUCCGUGUGCGGUAUCCCAUGUACGAUCACAUGGAGAUUAUCAGCGAUAGUAUACCUAUUAUGUUACAGUACAUGAAAAGCCCACCUCGCUACGUCAAUGUGUAUCUCCGAAACUCGCAAUGUUUUAACAGAUCAGAUGCAGUUCUAACUGUAACUCCGAGUCCGUCACCGAAAAACUCUGCGCGUUUCAGCUGCCAGGGCAAGGCUCUACCAGCGCACGCUAUCCUCGGAUACACGGCGGACGAAAUUGUUACUUGUCCUAGCUACUCGAGAUCUGGCUCGAAACGAAAACUGCUGCAUGAGGAGGCCCCUGAAUCGACCAACACCUCGGAACGCGCUCCACAUGCUAAAGUUAACCUGAAAGCCUGUAAUCGACAAGCUUUCCAGUCCAGCCAAACACUGUAGAACUUUGGUUGUCAAUAUAGACAUUCCCCUCGCACAACAUGUGCCUGCGCGGGGCACUGUGAAGGCAACUCCUCUUUGGGCGUUAUGGCAAGACAGUCCAAAACAGGAAGCUCGGAAGCCAAACGACCCAUAAGCAAGUCUCGGCCGGAGACCUACAUAUUCUACUUCUUGGAAUCACCAGCCAGUUCUGGUAUCCAAUUCACCCGCCAAAAAAAAUGCGAUUUGGCUUUCACUCUACUUGCUGGCAUAUCUGCUUACUAGCAUCUCUGGAU